AUGUCUGUCAUAUACAGUAAAGAUAUAGGGGCGGUCUAUCGUAAAGCCGUGCACCCUCAAGAGGCAACCGCACCUUUCAGGCCAGCUCCGCCGUUGAAGCACGAGACGAUUCUACUCGAUGGCAGCAAAGUACUUUUGGAGAAGGAUCUUGCCAUCCCCAUGAGGGAUGGGAUCAAGCUCUACGCCGACAUCUAUCGUCCUAUAGACAGCAUCGCAGAAAAGACACCCACCAUUGUGAUGUGGGGGCCAUUCGGGAAGCACGGCGCUGUGCCCCCCAAAAUGUUUGAGAACAUGGGCGUAGACUUCAACAAACUCAGCAAGUACACACACUGGGAGCUGCCGGAUCCUUUGGUCUGGUGUGCCGACUACAAGUACUCCCUUUUACUUGUCGACCCCAGAGGUUGCUGGUGGUCCGGGGGAGGAGAGCCGAACCACAUCUUACCCGAGGAAGGCAGGGAUGGGUAUGAUCUAGUCGAAUGGGUCGCGCGGCAGCCAUGGUGCACCGGUAAGAUCGGCUGGGGUGCCGUAUCUUAUUACGCCAUGUCUGCCUACCAUGUCGCAGAGUUGCAGCCACCACAUUUGUCUGCCAUCAUGCCUUGGGAAGGUAUAUCCGACCCCUAUCGUGAGGUCAACACUAUGUGGAUGAACUUGACGGCCGAUGGACUCGGUCUAAGCGACGACCACGCGGUUGCCAGUCUCGAGCACCCGCUCUUUGAUGAUUGGUGGCGAUCGAGAGUCUCAGAUUGGACGAAAAUCGAAGUCCCUGCCUAUUCGGUCACCGGUUUCUCAUCCCUGGCCCUCCACCUAAGGGGAACUAUCGAGGCCUGGAAGCAGUUUUCGUCUCCCAGGAAAUAUUUAAAAGUACGUGUAAGCUCUACCUUGGUCUUCUUCAACCCGGCCCGGCAUGUGUCUCCUUUGAUGCUAACAAAUCACCACGGUGGCCGAGAAUGGGAAGCAUACUAUACUGACGAAAAUAUCCGAAAGCAAAAGCUUUUCUGGGAUCGCUUCCUCAAAGACGAAUCCAAUGGGGUCGACUCGUGGCCCAACGUCGAACUGAGCGUUCGCACGUCCGCUGACGAAGCCGUGGUGCGAAGCGAGACAUCAUUUCCGCCCGAACGUGCGGAGCUCACCCAGUUCCACAUCUCGAGAGAGCGUGCUCUUUCACCUGAUGCUAGUACACCUGGAAUGGAGCCACAUAGCUUGACGUUCAAGGCUCACGAUGUCCAGGAGCAACUGGCGUUUGACUACAAGUUCUCGAAACGUACCGAGAUCACCGGCAACUCUAGCGCAAAGCUUCACAUCCAAGUACUCAACUGUCCCGACGUGGAUCUGUUUCUAGCGUUGCAGAAGAUCAAUGCCAAAGGCGAGGAAGUCAAGUUCUACCACUCGACUGAAAAAAUCGAGGCAUCAGCGACUUUUGGCUGGUUCCGCGCGUCUCACCGCGAAUUGGACCCUGAGCGCAGCAUUCCUGGUCGCCCAUACCAUAGUCACGCUCGAAGACAAUGGCUACGGCCUUGUGACAUUUACCCUGUCGAGGUAGAAUUGUGGCCCACAAGUACGGUUUGGGAAGAUGGUGAAAUCAUGCGGCUAGUCGUCAAGGGUACGCCUUUUACCGACAGUGAGAAUCUUACUCAGGCUCGAAUUCCAUCACACAGUUUCGGACAGGUGAAAUUAUGGUUUGGAGGGGAAUAUGACAGUGGGUUAUCGGUACCAAUAGUGCAUGACGAAUAA